AUGGGCAUCUACAUCUCGCUGUGCCACUACUGGGCCGUCAUCGGCCUCUUCCGCGUGACGUCGUGCAUGCUGCCGACGCUGCUCUGGGCGUACAUCCUCUGGCCCAUCACGGGCCUGGGCAUCACGGCGGGCGUGCACCGGCUCUGGAGCCACCGGUCCUACGAGGCGGGCAAGGUCGUGCGCUGCACGCUCAUGCUCUUCAACAGCAUCGCGAACCAGGGGUCGAUCUACCACUGGGCGCGCGACCACCGCGUGCACCACAAGCACAGCGAGACGGACGCGGACCCCCACAACGCCACGCGCGGCUUCUUCUUCGCCCACAUGGGCUGGCUCUACGUGAAGAAGCACCCCGACAUCAUGGUCGAGGGCAAGAAGCUCGACUUCAGCGACCUGUCGCGCGACGGCUUCGUCAUGUUCCAGAAGCACCUGGACCCCUGGUUCACGCUCUUCAUGUGCUUCGUCUUCCCGGCCCUCGUCGCGAAGUUCGGCUGGGGCGAGAACUUCUGGAACGCCUUCUGGGUCGCGGGCGCGCUCCGCUACGUCGUCGUGCUCCACUGCACGUGGCUCGUCAACUCCGCGGCGCACUUCUUCGGCGACCACCCCUACGACGACCAGUGGCCCGCGGAGAACCCCUUCGUGAGCCUCGCCUCCAUCGGCGAGGGCUGGCACAACUGGCACCACAAGUACCCCUACGACUACGCGGCGUCGGAGUUCGGCAUCGGCUCGCAGUUCAACCCGACGAAGCUCUUCAUCGACGGCGCCGCCGCCCUCGGCCUCGUCUGGAACCGCAAGCGCGCGACGUCCGCCUGGGAGCGCUCCAAGGUGAAGCGCGACGCCGGCGCCGUCGAGAAGACGGCCGUCCAGCGCCGCGCGGAGCAGAAGCGCGGCGCCGCGGCCGAGAAGGAGGAGUAG